AUGCUGACUCCUGUUCCUUGCACUCCUGCGCCUGCCACUCCAAUGCCUCAAGUAGGAGCAUGUGAGAAAAGUGCAGAUCAACAUGCUGGCCUUGAUGUGCAAGCUGGUGGUGACAAAGUGGACCGCGAGGAGUACUCCCCUGGUACUCCAGCAGAGGAGGUGCAGGUGAAGUGUGAGAUCACAUGGCCAGAUGGAGAGUUUGGCAACGGUGUCAUCGAUUUGGAUGCGCCAGAACUUCUGACCAGGCCUUGGGACAGCGACAGCGAUGAUGAGUCGGAAGAAUCGGAUUCCAGCUCAAGUGACAGUGAAGCUUUGCAGAUGCCUGAACCUAGCAAGUCAGCUGCAAGUGCCAAGGUUCCAGAAUCGGUGCAGUGGUUCAUCAACGCGAAGACGCUGGUGAUUCAUCAAAGAAGGGAUGCUAAUACCUUCAAGUGCGGGAGAGCCUUGGGUUCAUCCUAUUUUCCGGUGCCGGCCUUGAAUGGCUUGCGCUGUGGCAGCUCUGAUUUUGAGGAGGCUGCAUUUGACCAAUGGGUCACCGAUGUGAAUGGGGGCGUGCCUCUGGCAAUGGGUCCAGCAGCUGCUAUGCGCAGGUUGCACUUCGAGGCUGAAGUUGUCAUCACAUCCUCAGUGCGUUCUUCAGUUGAGACCGCAGAUGCAGCACCGCGCCCAGUGCCCAUUGCUGAAAAGAAUGCCAGGUUGGAACAAUUGCGCAACCGACUUCAGGGCCUUAACAUUCAUGGGACGGGAGAACCUUCUCACUGCUUGUUAGAUGAAUGCUGCGCUCAAUUCGAAUCAAGGACUCUCAAAUACAUUGAGCCGGCGCGUUGCACCAGCAGAGAAAAUGAAAUCACUGCAAGCAAGAGUGACAAGAAGCUACGUUUGGACGCUGGAAGCCUGUCUAUAAAGGAAACCAAGUCGGAUUCAGAUAUUUUGUUUCAAUGGGCCGACCACUACAGAAAGGCUUGUGAAGUUGAGAGACGUUUGGAAUUUCAGGAUGCCAAGAGGGAGCAGUGGCUGUCAGUUCUGGUUGGCUACAUUACGGAAGCUGACCUUCCGAUUUGCAAGGUGGCGGCAUCAACCUCAGAUAGCAGUGCAGUGUUGAGAAGAGCUUUUGGUAGCCGCCGUUUGAAGACACUCAGAAACCGUGCAAGAUCCUGGAAGAAAGUUAGAGAUUGGUUGAUUCAAUUCAAGGGGACUCCAUUUCCUACUGACGUUUCAGACAUGUUGGACUACUUGCUUUUCAUGGUCCAGGAGGAGUCAUCAAGAGGUCGUAUUGUAGACGUUUGUGCAUCUCUUGCAGUCUUGGAGGAUGCUGGACAGGUUCCACAGGAGUUCAGAAUUUCGUCAUGCAGGAUCUGGCUGCAGGCAACCAAGUCACGACUGGCGGAGAUUGAGACAAGCGGCACAGAGGUCAGAAGGGCUCCUCCGUUGACAGUUGCCAUGAUCAUUUCACUUGAGAUUUCUGUCACCUCUUCUGACAAACCUGUGUAUUUGAGAGCAAUGUCAUGGAUUGUUUUGAUUUGCGUUUGGGCCUGCAUGCGGAUAUCGGACCUCGAGGGUUUGGAUCCAAGGAGGUUGUCAUUGAACAGUAGGGGCUUUCGUGGCUUCUUGACCAAAACGAAGACCACUGGACCUGGGAAGAAUGUGAAAGAGGUGCCUAUUUUUAUUUCGAGGCGUGUGUCAGUGACAGGCUUGGACUGUCUCAAAACUGGUUUUGAGAUUUGGCAGGAGUUUGGAUUGCUUCAGAGAGACUAUUUCGUGUUUUGUAGCAAGAAGGAUUUCUCGGCACCUUCAUUUCGGUAUGCAAGCUCAGAGAAGAUUGCAGUCUUGGUCAGACAGGUCUUUUCCUUGUUGCAGCAGCCAUUGAAAACUAGAUUUCAACCCUGGAGGGAAUAUGAGGAAUCCAAGCUCCUGCAUGAGGACGGAGCCUUGUUUUGGUCAGGUCAUUCAAUGCGUCAUUUCCUACCUUCGAUUGCAGCUGCAGUUGGAGUUUCGAAGGAACAACGGGAUUUUGUAGGAAGAUGGCAUGUCAACCUUCAUCAGAGUUCAGACUACAUUCAUACAUCAAGACAGAUUGUCAUGGAAAUCCAAGAGAAGGUCAACCGAUCGAUUUGUGAGGGUGGACCUGGUUAUGAUGAGAGCGAAGUCAUCGAGGAGUAUGGGGAAUUCUUGAAAGCAAGAUCGGAAGACCCAAUUGAAUGGAAACGUAGACAUCAGUUCAUGAAACGAUCAGAUGACGGCCCCUGCUUAGGUGUGAAGUGGCCUGCCUUGUCGUCGGAUUCUCUUGACGAGGAAGCCUACAAUGAGGGCGUGCAGGUCGGCGAUGUGCCAGAGCCCAAUGAUGUCACAGUUGCAGACAGUUGUGAAAAACAAGAUGAGAGCGCAACCUUCUUUCUUUCAGUCAGUAGGAGAGCUGGAUUCAGGAGAUUGCAUAGAGUCAAUGGCUGUGGAAUCAAACCAUGGGCAUGUCAGAAGGUUGAAUGGAUCAAAGAGGUCCGUGAGGGUUGCGCGGACGCCGUUUGCAAGAUUUGCAAGGUCAAAUUAGGAAAGGAAACCGAAAUUGAGGGGCCGAGCUCAUCGGGGUCUUCAUCCUCGACUGAAGAGGGAAAAGAGGACUUGGAAGCUACUGAUGGUGACGGAGCUAUGGCUGACGAAGCGGAGAGAUCAGAGUGGGUGCAUAAAAACGUUGAUGCCGAUUUACAGUUUAUUUUUCAGGAGUCAGAAGUUCCUGAACAGGCGCAGUACGACUUGGGACAGCACUACAAAUCUGUUAGAAGGUUCAGUGCACUUGCAGAUGAUAGGGCUGGAGUCAGACAGGCGUUGCAGUCAGACUUCAACUUGCGCGCAGAUUCGGCGCAGGGCAGAGCAGCAGUGGCUUCCGUGGUUGCAGCAUGGGAUACUGCAAAACAUGCGCACGAGGAGGACAUCAAGAUACGUCAAGAAGCCAAAGGACUUGGGACGGUGAGACCUCUCCCACAUACAGACCGCUCAGCAAUGUUGAGGGCAGUUGAAACAGCGAGGGGAGAAGAAAUUUCCGAGAAGGACCAGCCUUCAACUGACUAUGUGGCGAUGCUCUUGGAAGAAAUAGAACAAGACGAAGUUACAGCUCACCCACUGGAUGAAAUUGUGAGCAGAAGGGACUCUCAAUCGCUUCAAUUGCAGUCGUCAUUAGACCAAUCGGGUCGGGUGAGAAUUACGAGACAGAGGCCAAAAGGAAAAUUACCGGCAAAUACAGAGGAACUGCGACAGAAGCUGCGUGUCGAGGGGAAUGCAUGGUUGAUGGUUGCAGCCAAACUUCGUAACAAGGUUUAUUUGCGGGGAUUACAACAGCGGCACUUUGACAGGUAUGUGGACUACCUGCUUGGCGAGAAAUGCUAUGGCAUGAUGAUCCCCGGUCCUGGGGGUGAAAAGGUGCCAUUGUCCCCUCCAUGGCACAUCAUGCUUGACUAUGAGUUCGAGCUGAGGAAGAAGGCGGUGAGAAGGGCACACCGUAAUGGGAGGCCCCUGCAUGAGACCUUGCAGGAAGUGACAGAGGACACAGAGAUCAAGGAGCUCUACUUCACCUCACCGGUGACCUUCUCGGCCAUGCAGAGGCCAUCCAAGUUCAGCCGUGUGGAGGAGCCAUCGGUACGUUUUGGAGAAGGAGGAAAGUCAAAGGGAAAAGGUAAGAAAGGAAAAUCUGGUCCAGAUGGAAAAGGGAAAUCCAAGAAGGGCUCCGUGUUGCCGGGGACAAACCUGAGUUUGGUGACGCACACACCGGACGGAUUGUCUAUGCUUUUGCCGGGCAUCGCCGAAGAGCUGAUGUUCAUGAACACCUUCAGCCCCAGGCCAAUUCGAAGCCGGGAGCAUCCUAGGGGCUUCCCGUGGCUAUCACAGAAAGAUAAAAUCAAAGCCGAUGAGGGCACUCUUUUGGCAGAACGCACUUGGGAACUCUUCAACUUAGCCUCUGAUGUUGGCGCAUUUUAUUUGGGGGAGUUCCCAGAAAACUUGGGGGCCACAAAAAAUGGUAUCCCUGCAUCCAUUUGGCAGAUGCAGCAAUUUCAGGAUCUUCUAGUGCUACCUGGCUGCAGGACCUUUGCAAUAUUCCAAUGCGAGUUUGGAGCUGAGACGCCAAAGCCAACACGUUUUGUCAGCGACUUGAGGUUCUUCGAAGGUAAUAUUUUCCUUGGCGCCCCACAGUUUGACAAAGCUUGGAAUUACAAGGGGCCCUUGCCUUCACAGUGCCCACAUGGUGGCAACCACCCUCAACUUAUCGGCACCAACGAAAAGAGACAAUGGAAAACAGCUCCAGCUGCACACUACCCUGGAGCCAUGUGUUUAUUCAUUGCGCGAGCCAUCGCAAAGACUUGGGCAGAUUCAUCCUCCGCUCCGAAGGGGUCAAAAUCUACGGAUGUGCAAGCGAUGGGUGUCAAAAAGUUUGGCAGUGCAGAUCCGUCCCAUCCGGGGGGCAAGACAUUUUCAGAGGCCUCAAAUUCACAUGUCAGUGCAGUUUCAGAUGUUUCGUUUUCACAGGGUGUCGAUCCAAUUUCACAAGUUUCUUCGGCUGUUUCAGUGGCUCCAAAACCUCAUGUCGUUUCCGAACCUCCAUUUUCUUCAGAUGCUAGUGCAGCUAAGAGUCCUCCACCCAAUUCAGUUUCUUUGGAGGAGGUGUCAAUUGAGUUGAUUUCAGAGACGGAAAAGCCUGCGAAAGGACGGGCCCAUACAUUAGAGGACGAAGUGAAGAUUGAAUCUGGUUGCAUGGGUCCACCGUUGACUGCAAGAUAUGGUGGGAAGGCUCAGCCGUUUUGUGAUGGCAUGGGCUUAUGCUGCCCGGGGCGCUGGCAUCCAAAAAUGAGACAAACGAACCGCACGACGGAACAGCUUUCCUUUUGCAGGAGUUUGAGAAACCUGGUGGAUGAUUUUUGCAGGCAACAACUGCCAGACAUGGCGAGGGCCACCUUUGCAUUGGCCUUGGGAAAGAUGGCAACUUCACCCUUUAGCAAAGGGGACUUGGAUUGUUUGCGUGAGAAGUGGUUUUCUUUGCUGCCUGAUAGCGGCAAGGCGAGACAGGUUCCUCCAGGGCAGCCCUUUUGGCUAUUUGCCCUUUCUCAGUCCUUGAGGCUGAUGGGCGAUCCGGACGCAGAUAUAGUUGACAAUUCUCCUGGCUCCAGCUUUGCGGAAGGAGUUCAUCUAGGACACUUGGAACCCCUGGGACCUACACCCCAGGUUUACAGACCCAGGGAGAAAGAACCGUCAUACGACGAAACUGAAUGGAUGGCCGAGGUUGGAAACUAUUUUAGAGGAGAUGAGGCGGCCGCAGAGAAGAUCUUGGAGGAACAAUUCCUUGAAGAAGAAAGGGCAGGUAGGAUGUGUACCCUUUCUGAGAGGGAAGCGGCUAGACGCUACCCCGGCCGUUCUCUUAGAGUGGCGGCUCAGGGCAUUUUGGAGAAGCCGGACGGUGGGCACAGAAUCAUCCAUGAUGCAACGCAUGGGGUGAGAUUGAACAACGAAAUUGUUGUCUUGGACCGCUUGGAGAACCCUGGCCCCCGAGAGCUUGCUACAAUAAUGGAGGUUUCUCAGGAUUCUGGCGAGCAUGUGAUUUUUGGUUUGAACGCAGACGUGACAAAGGCUCACCGAACUUUUGGUGUCGCUUCAGCUGCUUUCUGGUGGUCGAGACUGAUGGCGCUUUUGGGGCGUUUUGCUUUCAACCUUUCUGAACAGGACUGGUUAUUUGUGCUGGUCUUCGUUGAUGACCUCCAUCUGGCAGCUGGUGGACAGAAUAGAUGGUUGGCCAUUUGGAGAUUUUUGGUGGCGUUGGAGAUGGUAGGCAUCCCCUUUUCUUAUCCAAAAUUCAGGGGAGGAUUUCAGAUGGAUUAUGUUGGUUACUGGUUGGAUUAUUCCAGGUUCGAACUGGGGCUUUCAGAAAGAAGGGCCAACUGGCUUGUCAAGUUUGUGGAGGACCUUCAGUCGGAUGGUUGGCUGACUGGUGUCAAGCAGUUUCAGGAAUUUCAUUGCAGGCUUGGUUUCGCUAGUCAGGUCCUACCUUGGAUCCGACCCCUUUUGGGACCUGGAUAUGCGUGGCUCACGGCAGUUUCAAAGGGGACCACUUUGAAGGUUCCGGAACUCUUGGCCACCACUUGCGUCUUCAUCAAAGAGAAGUUCAAAUCUGGUUUGAGGAAGUUGCCUUGCGGAAGCAAGGAGGUGCAUUUGGGCGAGAUGUUUCGUACAGACGCAAAAUGCGCUGAUGGGCGCGUGGUGCUUGGGGGCUGGAAGCUAGGAAAGUCCUCAGACCCUAGCAAAGCUUCUUGGUUCGCUUUGGAACUGAGUCCGGAGGAGGUACCAUGGCUCUUCCGAGGACAGAGCUCUUCAUGGGCAAGCACAUCUGCAGAACUGCUUGCGUCCGUGGUGGCAUUACAGAUUUUUGAUGUGGGAUCGGAAUCUUCAAGCAGAGCUGCACAUAUCCUUCAUUGUGGGGGAGGAACGGAUAACAAAGCUGCGGAGUCUCUUUCCACCAAAGGACUCAGUACGAAAUUUCCUUUGAUGAUUGUUUUGAUGGAAUACCUUGCUAUAUGUGAACGAAAACGCAUGCGCGUGCAGCUUGAGUGGCGCCCCAGGGAAUCCAAUGUGGAAGCCGAUGAUCUCACGAAUUUGGAGUUUGGAAAAUUUGAUUUGAAUAGACGCAUUGACGUUUCCUGGCGUGAUUUAGAUUUCCCUAUGAUUGAGAUGUUGAUGAAAUUCACCGAGUCUUUUGCAAAACGGAAAUUCGAAUCUGCAAAUCAGUUGAAUGCGGGCCCCACACAGAAGUUUACAAAAACGAAGUUGUUUGAAAAAGGGCAAGCAUAUGAGUUCAGCAACCUCAUAUCAUUUCGCGCACAUGAACUUUACGUGGAGCGACUGAUGAAGCACCUGACAUCUGAACCGCCAGUGGGGUUUCAGAGCACUACAAUAGCUCAGGUCAUGCGUGCUGACAGAGAAGUCUUCUCAUUUUUGUCACAUAGAGUUCCUGACAUCAGGCCUGAUGCCAACAAUGUAAGGCCCCUUGAUGCAGCGCUUGAAGAAGCCCUCCGUGACUACAACACGGCUUUUCACCUGGUGCCCUUGCCGAAGCACGUGCUCAAGGAAGAGAACACCUUUGGGCCUAGACGUCAGCAGACUGAGCAUGCCACGGGCUCAAAUCCUUACCAGAAGGGCAAGGGAAAACAUAAAAGCGGCAAGUCCAAAUCAUCAGGUUCAAACGCUGCACCAAAGGGAAAUGCUGGAUGCGUGGGUCGUGACGCCAAGAAUCGGCCGAUAUGCUUUGACUUCAAUUUGGCCAACUGCAAAAAGGCCCCAGUUGGGGGCACUUGUCCAAAGGGGCGCCACGUUUGCUUCAAAGGUGGCGUUAGCGCAGCUUUCAAGAAGCUUGGCUACGAUGUCAUUGCAGUUGACAAGUUUGUCCCUAAAUCACCCAAGGUGAUGAUCACCAAACUGGAUUUGACUCAGAGCUGCAACCAGCAGCUAGUGCUUGAUUGGAUUUCCUUACCACAAGUGCGGGGUGUCUUUCUUGCACCUCCAUGCGGGACAGCAAGCCUGGCUCGUAACAUUCAAGAUCCUGCUGAUCCCAAUUUGCCGCAGCCUUUGCGUUCCUGGGAUGAGCCUGACGGCUUACAGAAUCUGACUGAGCUUAACUUCCUGCGUGUUAGUCAAGCCAACUGCCUUUAUGAGUUUACAGCAGCUUGCCAGGAUCUUUGUGCAAAACUGGGUAAAUUUUGUGCUUGCGAGAACCCCCGCGACUCCCUUUUUUGGAGAACUACACCUUGGUUGGACCGUGACUCACUGGAAACAGACAUAGAACAGGUCCACCAGGCAUGUGCCUACGGCUCCACUCGUCCUAAGUGGACAAAACCGGUUGCAAACUUCAAGGAAAUUUGCGCAGUAAACCAAGUGUGCCCUGGCAAUCACUUUCAUGAACCUUGGGGCAAACAAGUGCAGAACAAUCGAAAGGUUUUUGCAACUGCUUUAGAAGUGCACUACCCUCCUGCUCUUUGUGAUGCAAUUGCCUCCGCCUUUGCAGCGGCUUUCUUGCGUGUCGGUAUCAAGCCAGCACAGCCAAAUGUUGGGAACUUGGCCGCGCGAACCUUUGCACAAAAUCAACCGGCCUCCAACAAAGUUGCCACCUUUCUGCCAGAUUUCAAAUACAAAUUUGUAAGACUUUUGGACAACAAUGUUCAAGUUUGGCCUUCAGCUUCACUGGAUUUAACUGCAACGAAGCUACUGCAUAACCUUCAAGUGGGGGGUGAGGACGUGCAGCAGCUUGCUUUGGCCUUACAAACACAAUGCACGCAAUGGUUGUUUGAAGCAGCAUUUGAGAAUUUGCCUAAUCUGCCGUUUCCUUGUGCGGUAACAUUGCAAAUGUUUGGGAAGGUGUGGAGUGAGAAAGAAUUUGUUCAUAGGGCCCUGGAGUCCAAACACCCACUGGCUGUUGAAGAUGCUGUGCCAGGGCCUUUGAUUGAAGCAAUUCGUUUCAAUCUGUCUGCGAGCGAAUAUGACAUUGCCAAGAUCAGGACGGCGUUUUUAGCCAAAUGGUCUUUGAGAGCCAAACGUUUACACCAAGCGGAGCUGGACUUGAAGCUGGCGAUGGAUCCAGUGGUUGUAGAUGCGGUGCGAGCCAAACGCAUUCUUUUGUUUGAAGAGAUGGUAAUUGCAACGGGCUUUCCCGAUCCAGGAGUUGUAGAUGAAUUGCGCAAGGGUGCUGAGCUUGUGGGUGAGAUUCCUGCCACAGGUAUGUUGCCGGGCAAACUUACACCAGCCUUGUCCACUUUGGAUGAGCUACACAGCAGCGCAGCAAGGAUCCGCAGCAAAGUUGAGCGGGAUGUUCAGAGCUCAGGCGAUGCAGAAGUGGACAACCAGGUCUGGCAGAAAACGCUGAGUGAGGUCGAGGAAGGAUGGUUGGUGGGCCCUCUUGAGAAUGCUGAUGUACCGGCUUGGCAGUCUAUUUCCAAGCGUUUUGGCUUGAUUCAAAAGAAAGGGACAUUCGAUCUUAAGAGUGCGUACAGGCAAGUGGGUCUGAGCUCAUCUGGAUGUCGCUUGGUUUGGACAUCCUUUUACGAUGAUUUCAUUGCUUACAGCCGGCCCAACCUAGCAAGCAACACGGAUGCCACGAUUUCAAAUUUGUUCAAGCUGCUUGGGUGGGCCUUUGCGGAGACAGGAGAUAAAUGUGUGCCAUUUUCCUCCAGCUGCGAAGCUUUGGGGGUUUCUUUUGACCUUGGUGCCUCGUUUGAAGGGCGAGCUUCAAUUUGCAACACUGCCGGCAGGGUUGAAGAGUUGUGUGCCGACCUUGAGGGUGUUUUGCAAGAAGGUACGCUGAACUGCAAGCAGGCUCAGAGGCUCAGAGGGCGGAUGCAGUUUGCAGAUGCCCAACUUUUCGGGCGCACUGGUAAGAGAUGUUUGAAGACUUUGAGCGAUUUCUCUGAGGGUCGGCGUGUGAAGCUGCAGCACAAAGAUCGCUUGUUCUUACGACUGUUCUCCUCUCUUUUGAAGCAGAAUGUGCCCAGAGAAGUCCGAGCGCUUGAUCCCCACAACUUUGUUUUCUUCACAGAUGCUUGCUACGAGAAGGACCGAGUUGACUGGCCAUGCGGAAUUGGAGGUGUCUUCUUUUGUCAGGAUGAGGUGCAAUUUUUCUCUGUAAAGGUCGGACCUACAGUUAGAAAAAUCCUUGGUGAGCCGCACAGAAAACAAAUCAUCUUUGAAGCCGAAACACUGGCUGCAGUGGUUGCAUUCAUGUUAUGGGCAAAACGAUGUGAAAACCGAAGAUGCAUUCUGUUUGUUGACAAUGAAGGGGCGAAGUUCUCUUUGUUGCGUGGCUUAUCUGACAAUGGCGUAGUGGAUUUUCUGGCUGAACAGUUCGUUGAGAUGGAAGCUCUUGUACACACUUUCACCUGGCUAGCAAGAGUACCUACAAGUUGCAACAUUGCAGACGCUCCCUCACGAGGUGAUGUCAGUAGUUGUUUGUUGCAUGGUGCUGUUGAUGUUUCCGAAGAAGCAGAAAAGCUGAUGGAAGGUCUAGCGUCGAAGUUGCUGAAAUUGGGGAAGACUGGCUUCGACGCAAUCCCAGCUUCGAAAAAGAUGAGUGUCUGA